CGCGCAGAGAUCACGCGGGUGGCGCCUUGACCAAUCAGCGCCGAGUUGGUGGGCGGGGCUUAUUGUCACUUCCGGCUUGGCGGCGGAGCGGCGGCGCGAGGAUGUUCUAUCACAUCUCCCUGGAGCACGAGAUCCUCCUUCACCCCCGUUACUUCGGGCCCAAUUUGCUGAGCACCGUCAAACAGAAACUGUUCACUGAGGUCGAGGGGACCUGCACCGGGAAGUACGGGUUCGUGAUCGCGGUAACGACCAUCGAUAACAUCGGGGCCGGUGUGAUCCAGCCGGGCCGCGGGUUCGUGCUGUACCCGGUGCGGUACAAGGCCAUCGUGUUCCGGCCAUUCAAAGGGGAACUGGUCGAUGCCGUGGUGACACAGGUCAAUAAGGUUGGGCUGUUCACAGAGAUCGGCCCCAUGUCCUGCUUCAUCUCCCGCCACUCUAUCCCGUCCGAGAUGGAAUUCGACCCCAACUCCAACCCGCCCUGCUACAAGACGGUGGAUGAGGACAUCGUUAUCCAGCAGGACGAUGAGAUCAGACUGAAGAUCGUGGGGACGCGAGUGGACAAGAACGACAUUGUGAGACCCAUAGAGACCCCAUAGACCCCAUAGAGACCCAUAGAGACCCCAUAGAGA